AUGAAACUGUCACCUCUAGGUGCUGGAAAUUGCCAAUUCGUCUACAGGAUCUCCCAGGAGUCAUGGAGAUCUACAGACGACGAUGCCGUCCCCUGGAACCACUGCAGUGUACUUAAGCUGCCACGCAAGGCAGACUCGGCCUUGCAAAUACGGCGGAUGCUGUAUCAUGAUCAAUUCUGCUUAUUUAUGCAGGAAGGGUGCGGCAAUGUGGCCGAGUCAUGCACGCCAAAGCGUGUUUGCUGUCUCAUCGACCGAACGGUCGCCAAACGGCUGCGCGCUCAUCUCUCACAGCUGCUGGACAGCAACAAGUGCUGCAGAUGUGCCGAAAACAGGCGAUGCGGUACUUCAGACGGUUUGAAGCAUGCCCGGCACGUGUGUGCCAACAAGUGCCAAGUAAACGUCUUCAACGGCAAUGUAGUCUAUAAGAAACGCAUAUACCACAUAAAGGAGCUCGCGCUCAAGACGUCAGUCGAAGUGGACCCAGCCUCCAUACGAGUGCUGAAUAGCAAUGAUGCCGUCUUCGACACAGGUAAAUACGAAGUGGCCAUCCUCGAGGAGGACCUGUUUUAUCUGGAUGUCUGCCUCUCCCUAGGCAGCACCCUGAUACAGACGGCCAUGAGUGGCUAUAGCAAUAUAUCAGUCGAAAUGAAGCCAAAAUGUGGGAUGUUAAACUUCAACGGGAUGCCCAGCCUGUUCCAAUUAUGCCAGCCGUACAAGGCUCGCAUCAGGUACCAGAAUAUCGUGCCCACACAGACGACAGUGAAGAGUGGUCUGAAGUCAGGAAGGGAUAGAAAUAGGCCUGCGACUUCGAUGUAUUCGCCCAUAAAGUUCUUCAGAAUGAAGCUUGAGGAUGUCACCAGGGAGCUGCAACUGUUGGCACUGGCGCCACAAAAUAACAUACGCGUCUUCGUCGACAGCGUCGAGGUCGAUCCGGCAAUUUUGUUGACGAACCGCCACGCGCUGGAAAGCGUUGCGCGAUGUUUGGUGGAAAAUAAACUAACGAUGGCGAGAAUACUCAAGCUGCAAGCGCUGGCAUCAGGACAGCAGUUUGUGGCGAAUGUCAUAUAUUCCCUCAGAGACUUGGUGGCACGCCUGGGAGGAAACAAGAAUGAGGUGAAGCGCAGAUAUGGGGACGGAAUAAAAGCCAGCACUAUCACAAAUAAUCUUAUGCUCACGUCAAAGGAGCUCCUAGAAAGUAUAUUUUCCAACCACGACAGCGCCUACAAGAUCCAGAAGAUGUUUAACCUUAUCGGACGCAAGCUUAUAUGCUCAUUGUGCAACAUGUUAAGGGUGUUGCUAUUAAAAUCGCACGCUGCAAUCCACUCUUCACGUAGAAAUCUCUCUGUUGACAGAGUGGGUGUGGCAAAAUGCAGAAUAGGCAACGUGUCCUACCCAACCGACGUUCACAAAUUGAACCGAUCUCUUGCGGUGCACUCGCAAGGCAAACUUUUCAAGCGACACAGUUGCAAGGACCAAGCAGUUCCUUUGGUGACCUUCAACGAGCUAGAAUGCAUGCUGCGAACCAUUAAUCGCUCAACAAAUCCAGUAGCCACGUCAGGCUACAUUCAUAUCGCAAACCAUCGAAAUCACAAGGUGCAGGGAACUGAAGAGUGCAGCCGCACCGUAUCCAAACAUAAAGGAGUUACUGGGGAGACCAAAGUAGACGCCCCAUUGGCCAGGAAGUGCGCCAUGCUGCUUGAAGCAGCCGAACGGUGGAUUGAAUUGUACCUCGGCGGUAGAACUUCAAUGGACCUGUCAGUCGUACUCAAUGUGUUGUUUCAGAGUAAUGGGGGAACGGACGGAAAGGGACCAAAUUUCUACAGGUUCUCCCUCAUUGACCUGGACUUAAAACCCGCGCAUCGCAUUCCCCGUUGGAAGGAAGACAUAUGCUAUUUAAUUGGCAUGUGA